UCCUCUUGUCGUCAUUCUCGUGCAUUGCCUGUUGGAUCCUCGAUUGUACCCCAUUCAUCCUCAUCUUUUAUCACAUAUCAUCACCAAUUCAUUGUAUAUAGCAACUAUGGCGGUCCGGCGGUCCGCCCGUCUGCGCAAUCGCGAUGCGUCCUUGUCCGAGGAACCUCAGCCACCACCUGGCCCCGCUGAGCACAGUCACGUCAACAAAGAUCACGUCAACACCAACAAUCGGCAUGACGACCAACUUUCUACAAAACCAAACAAGAGGAACACAAGGAGCAAGAAGAAAUCCCAACCCAUCCCCGAACCCACCGAUCUACCUCCAGUUAUCGAACGUGAGGAGACCGCCGUUGUCAACAGCUCUGAACCCAAUCCCGAACCUGAACGCGAAGCCGACAACGCCCCUGUCGUAGCGGACAAGAAGUCUGCUCCCGCCAGCGAAAACCCUGAACCUCCUCAGCCGGCUCCUGCUACAGCCGAGGACUCCGAAACUGCAUCCAAGGAAACCAUAACCGAAUCGACGCGUGCCGCAGCCGCGGAGACGGAGCGGACGAAAAAGCGAUCCAUCACUGCCGCGUUCGACAAGGCUGAGUCGACAUUCAAGAAGAUGAAGAGCGCCGCGUUUUCCAAGAGCGGAGCGACCCCCAAGAAGGGCGCCGGCGACGCGUCCGAUCGCGCCGAUGCUACGCCCAAGAAAACCCCCAAUGCCGCGUCCGCGCGAGUCGAGGCGACCCCCAAGAGAAUUACCCAGUUGACUUCGCCAGUCAAGGGCACCACCCCUUCCAGAAUCCCGAGCGUUUCCACCCCGCUCAGGGCUACCCCCGCGGCGGCGAAGGGUCCCGGUGCAAAGACCCCCUCCACCGUCAUGGCGCGUCCUUCCCACCAGGAUAUGCACCCCAGCAAGGUCCACCAGAGCACCACUAAGCAGCCCGACUCCGGCUUGGUUUUGGGGUUCAAUCCCAUCAAGAAGGACGCCGAGGGCAAUGUCGUCAAGGACACCGCGACUGAGAGCACUCCGACCAAGGCUAGAGAUUCCCCCGCGUCCGCAUACUAUGGUACCCCUGCGUUUGAGUUCAAGUUCGCCAGCCAAGAGGCCCAGCUGAGCGACGAGGCCAAGAAGCUCAUGGAGAGCGUGCGCCUGGACGCUGCGAAGAUCAAGGCGCAGAUGGUCAAGGAUCGGGCCAACAGCGCACAGGACAAACCCGAGCUCACCGAGAGAAAGAUCGUGCAGCCCAAGGGAAAGACCGACCGUUUCACCGAGGCUCACAUGGCCGAAUUCAAGAAGAUGGACUCCAUCGCCAACCAUCCUUCGGCCUUCCGUGCCGCUCCGGGUCGCUUCCAGCCGGUGAUCGAGAAGAAAACUCUUAAGAGAACCAACUCCAAGGCACGACUGGACGAGACCGACAGCAAGUCGCCUUCGCCUUCCAAGGUCUCCGUUGCACGGUCCUCUCCUGCUCCGGUUGCUGCUUCAGCUAAACGCGUCAAGCACAAUCAGACUGAUGACGCCUCGACCAGCCGUCUGCCUACUCUGAACAGCCCUAAGCCCGGGUUCACGCGUCCCAAGCACUCUUUCCGCAAGUCUUUGAUGACUCCGACCCGAGCCUCGGCGGCGCGUGCGUCGACCGUGAGACCUGCUCGCACUUCGAUGAUUCCCUCGUUGGUCCGCUCCCCAGCCCCCACGCAGCCAGAGAUUCCGCGCACGCCUCAGACCGACUUCAACCCCCGGCUGAAGAGCAACAUUCCCAAUUUCAGCCAACCCCGGUCGAUCCUCCGUCAACCCCACCAGCUGUUCUCCAAAGACCCCCUCAAGAUCGCGGCAGGCACCCAUGUGGCGGCUCCCAACUUCAGCUCGAACAUGCUGUUCGGCUCGUCUCGGGACGCCACCGAGGAACCGUCGCACACUCCCUCUCCCAAGAAGCGCGUCGAGUUCACUCCCUGCGUGAAGGAUGCUCCGGAGGAAACCGUGUUCUCGCCUUCCCCUUCGAAACUUCCCACUGCCAGUGCCUCUCGGGUGGUUUCUGACAUUGUUUACCCGACUCUGCCUACCUUGACCCCGGAGCACUCCCGCAGCCCCAGCAAGAUCGGCAGCACCACCAAGAACAGCGAGGCGAACACACCUACUAUCCGCCAGGUGCGUCCUUCCGACGCCACUCCUCUGCCCGAGAUUGCCGGUGUGCCCCACGGUAUUGGUCACAAGAAACGCAACCGUCCUACCGUUGAGGAGAAGAAGCACGACGCUAGUUCCUUGCCCGACAUUGCCGGGGUUCCCCAUGGUAUUGGUCACAAGAAGCGUAACCGCACGGCUGUCGAGGCGGAGGAUGUUGAUGCCGAAAACGUGCCUCCAGCCGAUAAUGCGGGAGCGCGCAGCGCCAAGCGCCUCAAGAUGAGCGCGCCCUCGCCCUCGCCGUUCAAGAAGACCGGUCGUGCCUCCACUCUGUUUGCCAAGGCCACUGGCACUCCUAGUGCUACCAAGGACGCGGCCUCGAGUGUUGCAGGUACCCCCACGCCCACCAAAGCGCGCUCCCACACUCCGCUCCGCUCUGCAACCCGACCCUCGGCGGGACGCGCCAGCACCACCACCACCCCGGGCAGUGCUCGUGCUCGCGGCCGGGGCGUGCUGACCAUGAGCCGUCUGCACUUGCUGUCACAGCCCAAGAGCCGUUCUUAAAUGUUUGAGCGUUGCAUUCAGUCGUGCGAUACGGGUCUAUUGACGAUUUACAGAUGUUGAAUACCUAGUAGCAUGUUCACAUGUUCGUUUCUGGGAACGUUGGAGACUACGAAGUGGGGUAGUUGCUGAGCUGUUUUUUUUUUCUCGCAUCAGAUUGUGUAGCGUGUUCCUCCGACUUGGGACUUCCUGUGUCCUUUGGUGUUUCUCCUGAACUGGUGUCCAUAUGGCUGAAAUUGGCGCUUGGGGUUUGCAAAUGCAGAUGCAUCCGGCAUGCUGGGUACGGCGUGGGCGUUGGGAUCUGGAUCUGUUUCUGUUUGAUUAGUCUUGACCAUGUUGAUCAGAUGGGCUUUGUGGAUAUUGUAAUGAUUAUG